CAAGAUGUAGUUUUGGAUCCCAUGAAAGCUGUUAAUGAUGCUGUAGAGGGAAUGUCCAACAUGUUCUAUGAGGCUCAAGAAUGUGCAUUUGCUCCUCAUUUGAGUCUGGACCACAUGAAUGCUGUCAAAGAUGUAAAAGACUUAUUUGUGGACUUCCUCUCUGAUGAUGACGGAAACUUUUACCUGAGCUACAUUGACCCGGUGAUUAUUGGCAGAGGUGUGUUCAAUGUCACCAAUAACUCUAUAUGUGGAGUCGUGGGUUACAUACAAGGCACACUCUGUGUUCUAUUGGAUGCCAUAUUGGAUAUCUUGCAGGCCCUUCUCCAUGCAGUGAACAUCAAUGCAGUAGACAUAGUGCAUGUUAUCACUGACUGUACAAGUUCUACUGGAACCUACAUUUGGGACCUGCUGCCAGGUAUCCCUCAAGAAGUGAACAUCGAUCCCAUACUGGUUCUCAGAAGAAUGUUUGGGAUUGUCAUUGAGCAGAAGAACAUGCUUGUGGACUAUGUCUCCAACUUGCUAAUAGGCGAUCAAGGGGCCAUUCCUGUGAUGAACUUUGACCCUAUGAAAGUGGUCACAGAUGCAGUGCUUGAGAUUGCAGAUGGGAAAAACAUGUUCAUGGAUUAUCUGUCCAACAUGCUUAAGGAUGAUAAAGAUGAACCUAGUACUAUACCAGCAUCUGUGAUGCAUGUGAUAAGGAAGAAAGGACAGUUUUUGCCACCCCUGGAAAAAGUUCUCAGACAAUCCAAGGAGAGGCAAGCAAGAGAAGAAGUAGUAGAAGAGGUAGAAGUGGUCCUUAAAGCGAUGAGGGAUGCACAAUCCAUGAAAGAGGUAGAAAAUAAGAAAUUGGAGGACAAGACGGAAAAGAAAGAGGAGCAGGCCGAGGAAAAAGCAAAGCCUGAGGCAAUGCCCAGUGUGAAGAAAGCAGAGAAGACAGGACCCAAAGAAGAAGAGCCAAAAAAGAAGACUGCCAGAGAGGAGAAAGAGAUGAAAAAGGAGACAAAACAUUUGAAGAAGAAAGUCAUCCAUGACUUCUUCAACAAGAAAGUUGUGGUGGAACCCAAAAAGAAGGUGGACAAAAAGGUGAAGGAGACAAAGAAGGAUGUUCAGUCAACUCUUUGGAAAUCUGAUGAUGAUUCCAAGAACCCUGUCAAGGUGGUGAAGACAGACGAGUCCACCAUGAAAAAAGAACAUAUUGAUGUUAAAAAAGAAGGUAAAAAGAAAACUGUCAAAGAGGUUAAGGAAGAAAAGACAGCUAAACUACCAGACAUAAAAGUAAAGGUAAAAAAAACAGAACUUGAGGUUCUAAAGGAGCAGGCUAAGCUGGUGAAUGUUAAGAAAGAGCCCAAGGACGCUAAGGAGCAAGCCAAACCAGAACCUACAAAAAAAGAAUCUGAAGUUCCCAAAGAAAAAAACAAAGCAGCUACAUCAAAGAAAGAUACUGGAGCAAAAGAAGAGGCCAAACUAACUCCAGCAAAGAAAGAUGAUGCAGUUAUUAAAGAAAAGGUGAAAACAGCCCCUGCAAAGAAAGAAUCUGAAGAUCCCAAAGAAAAAACCAAUGCAGCUACAUCAAAGAAAGAUGGUGAAACAAAAGAAAAGGGCAAACUAGCUCCAGAAAAGAAAGGGAAAGCCAAACCAACUCCUGCAAAUGAAGAUGUUGCAGUUAUUAAAGAAAAGGUGAAAUCAGCACCUGCAAAGAAAGAAUCUGAAGUUCACAAAGAAAAUGCCAAAGCAGCUUCCUCAAAGAAAGAGUCCAAGGAAACCAAGGAACAAGCCAAACCAGAACCUGCAAUAAAAGACAGUGAAGUUCCCAAGGAACAGACCAAAGCAGCAACAUCAAAGAAAGAUGCUGAAGCAAAAGAAAAGGCCAAAUUAACUCCAGAAAAGAAAGAUGCUGCAGUUAUUAAAGAAAAGGACAAAUCAGCCCCUGCAAAGAAAGAUGCUGCAGUUAAAGAAAAGGUGAAAUCAGCCACUGCAAAAAAAGCUGAAAUUCACAAAGAAAACGCCAAAGGAGCUUCAUCAAAGAAUGAGUCCAAGGAAACUAAGGAACAAGCCAAAUCAGAGCCUUCAAAAGAAGAUGCUGAAGCAAAAGAAAAGGCCAAAUUAACUCCAGAAAAGAAAGAUGCUGCAGUUAUUAAAGAAAAGGACAAAUCAGCCCCUGCAAAGAAAGCUGAUAUUCACAAAGAAAAUGCCAAAGCAGCUUCAUCAAAGAAUGAGUCCAAGGAAACUAAGGAACAAGCAAAAUCAGAGCCUUCAAAAGAAGAUGCUGAAGCAAAAGAAAAGGCCAAAUUAACUCCAGAAAAGAAAGAUGCUGCAGUUAUUAAAGAAAAGGACAAAUCAGCCCCUGCAAAGAAAGGUAAGAAUGUGGUUAGUAUGUAA